AUGAGCAAGACUCCUCCCUUUGACAUCCCCUCUGCUGUGCCACAGUCUGGGCAGGAGAAGCUCAAGUCAAAAAAUGAGAACCUGACCAAAGCAAUGCUGACUCCAGAGGUGACCAAGAUGAAAGGAGGAGACGGCUGCCAGGGAGAUCAUGACCUUCUGAGACUCCACUCAGAUCCAGAAGGAGUGAUGCACCAUGCUGCUGAAAUGGGACUGAGCGUUAGAAAGGACACUGCUUCCUCCCUUCAGAUCCAUGAGGAGAACAUGCCCACAAUGAAGGCUGAAGGGGCGACGGAGGAGAUGAAAGGGCUGGAGCCAGAGGAGAUGUGUGUGGGCAGAAAGCUGGGCACCACCUUGCAGAAGAAGUCCACCAAAGUAGGGGAAUGUCUGCUGCCCCAUGGCUGCUCUGCUUCCCAUGCCCAGCUCAGAGGGGAACACACGGGACCAAGUACCUGCUUUCCAUCCCAUGGUCACAUGAAGGACAGACACAGUGGUAGCAAAAGAGUCACUUCCACUUUCUCCCUUCUCUGUCCCUAAUGCCCACCACCCACAACUAAC